CAAUAGUCAAAGUCGUAAAAACAACAACAAAACAUCAUUGUAUAGAAAGUUUCGUAUUCCUUUUAUUUUUGAAAAUGCAUAAGGCUAUUAACUUAAAAGAUUUCAAAGAAAAUGAAGAAUUAUUACGCAAAGAAGCAAAAAAGUUAAACAUGAAGAAGAGUGAUUUAAAUAAAAGGGAAACACACCUGUUUAUGUUCGAAAAAAAUCUCACAACAAUUCCAAAGCCUAGGAAUCCAACGCACGUUAUAUACGCUUAUUAUCACAAUAAUUACAUUUACAAAAUUGACAAUCUGGAUGAAAUGUACAAUUUAACGCAUCUACACCUUCAAUGGAACAAAAUAUCUAAAAUCGAGGGUUUGGACAAACUGACAAAACUGAAGAAGCUGUACCUUGGUAGUAAUUGUAUUUGCGUUGUUGAAAAUAUGACUGGUUUGAAGUAUUUAGAAGAAUUACACAUUGAAAAGCAAAACGCAGACGGGCCGGACGCAUUAUGCUUUGAUCCACGAACUAUGUUAGCUAUUGGCACGACUUUGAAGAUUUUGAACGUAUCAGAGAACAAGCUAACGGAUAUGGCUUGGGUAAAGCCAUUACGAUGUUUGGAAGUUUUGAAUGCAUCGAAAAAUAGAUUAGAAGACGUUCAGGGUACAGCGGACGAUCUCUGCACAUUAAUUUGUUUGGUUGACGCUAACUUUACUGGCAACCCCAUGACAAAGAAACAUAGAUAUAAAGAAAUUAUUAUUGCAAGAUGCGCUCAAUUGCGUGUUCUCGACACUAUAGCGAUCCAUAAUACAUCGAAAACUUUUCUACGAAGCUUCGAUAAAGCCGUACGAUUACGUCAAAUGAACUUUAGAAACAAGAUAGAUAUGUCAAAACAAGGCGUCGAGGACUUCUUCGAUCUUAAUAUGAUGAGAGGAUCUACGCAAAGUGCAAUAACUGUGGGUGAACAAGCUAAAGGACGUCCUGGACUUACAAUUAUUGAUUCUACCUACGGAUUUAUUCCGCGACCGUUACUGCGAGCAAAGGCAAUACCACGUGAGAGUUUUGUACCACCGUCCGAACCUCCACCUUCAACUGGAAAUGACAUGAGCGUUGCUCCUGUAAAAGGAAUUUUGAAGAAACCAAUUUAUUUGAUCCAUAACCUAAACAUGACCGAUAGGAUAGCGAAAGCAUUAAAGAUCCUUAAGGAGGAAUCUACCGCACUAUAUCUUGGAUAUACCAUACAAGAAAUCGACUUUAUUGAUUCACUUGAAUUUCAUCGAGAAUAUGUAGCAAAAAAUAUUCCUGUAGUUAUAAAAGGUGGUUGUUCCAACUGGCCAGCAACAUUAAAUUGGAAUAUUGAGUAUUUUAGACAAAAUUUUAGUAAUAAGAUAGUUACAGUGGCUAUAACACCAAAUGGCUUAGCCGAUGGGAUAACAGAAGAUAAAAAUGGUGUAGAAUAUUUUGUCACUCCACAUGAAGUGGACAUGCCUAUGGGAGAAUUUCUGAAUAUGCUUGAUAAUAAAAGUGACAACAUCAUACCAUAUAUUCAGCGUCAGAAUUCCAAUUUGACUGAAGAUUUUCCGGAGCUGAUUCAAGAUGUGGUGCAUGACAUAGACUUUGCUACAAAGGCAUUCAAUAAAAAACCUGAUGCUGUUAAUUUUUGGAUGGGAGAUGAAAGAGCUGUUACUUCUAUGCACAAAGAUCCAUAUGAGAACAUAUACUGUGUUAUUGACGGAUACAAAGACUUCAUAUUAAUUCCUCCAACGGAUUUACCAUAUGUUCCAUACAAAAAAUAUCCACAGGCCGAGUUCAAAAGGAUUAAUAAUACAUGGCAUAUAGAACCAAUUACCUUAAAAGAUUACAACCAAAAAGACAGCAAAGAUGGACUAUGUAUAGAGAAAUCGGAGGCACAUUCCCUUUUACCAUGGAUAUGUGUUGAUCCUUUAAAGCCUGAUUUAUCUGCGUACCCAAGGUUUGGUAAGGCACAUUUAUAUAAAGUCCGUUUGCACAAAGGUGAUUGUCUGUAUCUGCCCAGUCUGUGGUAUCACCACGUCACUCAGAGUCACGGCUGUAUCGCUGUUAAUUACUGGUACGAUAUGGACUUUGAUAUUAAAUAUUGUUAUUAUAAAAUGUUAGAAGCUUUGUGUACUAAGUUUUAA